AUGGAUCAUCAUCAGAACCAGGAACCUGUUGUGGAGACCCAGGAUUUGUUCAAAAGGAACUUUCAAAUGCAACAACCAAGUCUGGACUCUCAACAGCAUGUACUCACUGGUCUUCAACAGAUGUCUCUGCCCAAUUCGCAACCAUCGUCGUCUUCGGUUACCAAUGCUUCAAGUGAGAGUCCCCGCUUGACUUCUCGGCUGUCUAUGUCCCACCAACGAUUACCUUCAUUACCCUCGCUUGCUCCUAGUUUGAACUCGUAUGCAUCCACGAGUCAGAUUCCGCCACCUUCGAUGACUCCGUCGCAGUAUCGAGCCACCGACGUCGAUAUCAAUCAAACUUUGAAACGUCACCAAAGCGAGACAAAUUCACUCGACCAUUUCCGAAACCCUUGGUUUGGCCAGAAGUCAAUUCCCAGACUCGCGCCUCUCAACACACAGGUGGGCCCAGAGGACUCUUACUCUCCCCUUCUAAUGCAAACCCCAACAAGACCGUAUUCUCAAGGUCUUCCAACAACAUUUGAGAACUCGGCGUCCGUUCAUCCUCAAUACCAAAUCAUUCCUCCAUCCCGGAUCAAUGCCCCUCCUCCCAUAGAUAAUUACGACCAAAAUGCUCAGUUCGGCCCAGGAGACUUUUACAGAAGACAGUCUGUGGCAGCGGGAUAUUUUUCCCGAGGUGAACCAGCUCCAAAAACGGCGCUACCGUCUUUCCCAAAAGGAGUCGACAAUGAUCCGGAAAGUCACCAACUGUACUCUCCAGCUCCAAAGUUCCGAAGAAUUGAGUCUGCUUCGAACCUCAGACCCCUCAUUAAUGCAAAACCAAAAUACAGAAGAGCGUCGUCUUCAAAGACGUUUAUCUCUCCUCUCCGAGCGCUAACCACAUCAAUUUCCGUCACAUACUCCAUGUGCAAGCCUGAGUUUGACUAUCGGUCUUCCAAGAAUCCAAAACGGGUCUUGACGAAACCUAGUCAGCCCAAGUCUAACAAUGGCAACGACAACGAGGAUAGUGACUACAUUUUGUAUGUUAAUGACGUUCUGGGAACCGAAGAGAACAGAAAGUACAUGGUUUUGGAUUUGCUGGGACAAGGAACUUUUGGUCAGGUGGUCAAGUGUCAGGACCUCAAAACCCAAGAGAUAGUCGCCAUCAAAGUUGUCAAGUCUACCCCUGUUUAUCUCAAUCAAUCUUUGACGGAAGCCAAUAUCUUGGAACAUCUUAAUAAGAAGAUUGAUCCCGAAGAUAAACACCACUUUCUCAGAUUACAGGACAAGUUUGUUCACAAGAACCAUUUGUGUUUGGUGUUCGAGCUACUGUCGUCUAAUCUGUACGAUUUAAUUCGUCAAAAUCAAUUUAAUGGACUCACCAUCAAGUUGAUUCGAAAACUGUCUGUGCAACUGCUCGAUGCUCUUUGUGUGCUGAAAGAUGCAGGAUUGAUUCACUGUGAUCUGAAACCAGAAAACAUAUCGCUUGUCUCGUUGGAUAAGCCCGAUCUGAAAGUGAUUGAUUUUGGUUCCGCAUGUCACGAGAGACAGAUAUUCUACACCUAUAUCCAGUCGCGGUUCUACCGGUCGCCAGAGGUGAUGCUGGGUCUGUCGUACUCCAGUUCGGUGGACAUGUGGUCUUUGGGAUGUAUCAUUGCAGAGCUGUUUUUGGGACUCCCGAUAUUUCCUGGAUCGUCAGAGUACAACCAACUUUACAGAAUAAUACAAAUGUUGGGGAUGCCUCCGAUCUGGAUGCUUGACAUGGCCAAGAACUCGAAGAACUUCAUGAACAAGAUCGAGCAGCCCAAUGGCAAGCACAUAUACCAACUGAAGAGCAUGGAGCAGUAUUCCCGCGAGUUCAAUGUUAAUGAGACACCUGGUAAGGACUAUUUUGAGCAGAGAUAUUUGCAAGACAUCAUAAUGAACUACCGGCUUCCGAAGAAGAACAUGACCCAGCAGAUGGUGGAUAAAGAGAUGGCACAGCGGAGAUGUCUGUCGCACUUCCUGCACGGUGUUCUGAAUCUGAACCCGCUGGAGAGAUGGACUCCUCACGAAGCUAUUCUGCAUCCAUUUAUCACGGAGCAGCCGUUUACCGGGGUUUGGAACCCGCCGUCGAAGAAUCUGGGGGUUUCUAACAGCGCGAACCUGGGAGGCUUGAAUCCCGAGGUGGUUAAGAAGCCACGGUCCAAGAGUUUUGGUAAUAUCUAA